GGAGGGGAGUGUCGGGCAGGUGGUGCAUCUCUGGAGAGAAGAAGAACAGUUACUAACCAAUUCACCUUUUAAAAAACGAAACUAGUACAUCGUUUUAUUAUUUAUGAGUGCAAUAUAAAUACAAAUUUGAUGAAAGUGUGUAUUAUGUUUUUUUGUAAUGGCCAAUACUAUACUCCUCAUAGUCACCAGUACAAAUACUCAAUAUUGGCAUUGUUACUGUCAGAUCACAUUUAUGUCAUGAAUUGUCAAGCUAGGUCAACUUUAUUUAUACAGCCCUUAAUCACAAAGGGCUCAACAAUGGCCGCCCUGAUCUGAACGUCCAUGCGGGUGAUGUGUAAUGACAUCCUCAGCCUGAAGGCGGCAGGAGAUCCGGUGUCGAGCCCCAACUCGGUGUGCCUGCGGCUGUCCGGCCUCAGCAAGCGUCAGAUGAGGAUGUGCGCACGGAGACCCGACGUGACGGCCUCGGCCCUGCAGGGCAUCCAGCUGGCCGUCCACGAGUGCCGGCAUCAGCUCCGGGACCAGCGGUGGAACUGCUCCACUCUGGAGACCCUCGGCAGGCUGCUGCACUACAGCGACAUCCUCAACCGGGGUUUCCGCGAGAGCGCCUUCUCCAUGGCGUUGCUAUCGGCGGGCGUGGCCCACUCGGUGAGUUCUGCCUGCAGCAUGGGCAAGCUGCGGGGGUGCAGCUGCGAGGGCAAGCGUCGCCAGGAUGACGACAAGCUCCGUCUGAAGCUCACGCAGAUGCAGAUGGAGAUGCAGAUGGAGAUGCAGAUGCAGAUGCAGACGCUACGGAAAGAUGUCCUGGAGAUGAACGUGGGUUCGCUGAGCUCAGGUCCUCAGACCAAUCUGCCCACCGACCUUCACUCCGGCCGACACGCUGCACUGCUCAAGCCUUUUCAGGAUGAGCUGACCUCCGUGCAGGAGACGUGGGAGUGGGGGGGCUGCCGUCAUGACUUCCGUUUUGGGGAACGUUUUGCCCGGGAGUGGCUGGACUUGCAGGCAGCUUCCAGAGACAUCCACGCUCGGAUGAGGAUACAUAACAAUCGAGUGGGACGACAGAUCGUGGCCGACAACGUGAAAAGAAGAUGCAAGUGUCACGGAACGUCAGGGAGCUGCCAGUUCAAGACCUGUUGGCACGUUUUACCAGAGUUUCGGCUCGUAGGUUCGAUCCUCAAGAAAAAAUUCCUGUCAGCCAUCUUGGUCAACUCCCAGAACAAAAACAACGGGGUCUUCAAUACCCGAAAAAGGAACGGCGACCGCAGGAGAAUGCACGAACUGACCGGCGGUCGUCGUCAAAGCGUAUCCAGGGAGUUGGUCUACUUCGAAAAGUCCCCUGACUUUUGUGAGCGUGACGAGUCCUUGGACUCUCCGGGCACGCAGGGACGGAUCUGCAACAAAACAAGCCACGGCACGGACGGCUGCGGCUCGCUUUGCUGUGGCCGAGGACACAACAUCAUGAAGGAAACGCGCAGCCAACGCUGCAACUGCAGGUUCCACUGGUGCUGCUACGUGCUGUGUGAGGAAUGUCGCGUCUCGGAAUGGGUCAGCGUGUGCAAGUAGGUCACGCCGCUUGUCCUGAACGGCUUUCCUCACAUAUUUGGGACCCCGGAUAUAGAGAUGUGGGAUGUUUAUUUCUUGUCUUUUGUUGCUGCUCUUAGUGUCAAAGGUUGAAGACGAGGCUGACGUCAGAAUGUCGAUGUUUCGAUUGGUCGCAAACACAGAACUGUCAAAAUUGUCUGAUCAUCAAAUUAAUUUAAAUAUUAGCCAAUGACAACACAACUGAACACAAAAUGCAGUUUUUCAUGAAACUUUUCAUUAUUAAGGGAGAAAAAAAUCCAACCUCCAUGGCCCUGUAUGACAGAGCCCCCCCCUAAACUUAAUAAGUGGUCGGACCAACCUUAGCAGCAGAAACCGCAAUCAAGACUUUCAGGAAUUUUGGCUCAUCAUCUUUGCAGAAUUGUUGUCAUUCAGCCCCACUGGAGGGUUUUCAAGCGUGGACCCCCUUUUUAAGGUCACGCCACAACAUCUCAAUCGGGGUCAGAUCAGGACUUUGACCGGACCACUUCUAAAUCUUCAUGUGGUUUUUCUUCAGCCAUUGGGAGGUGGACUUGCUAGUGUGUUUUGGAUCAUUGUAGUGCUGCAGAACCCAAGUUGGUUUCAGCUUGAGGUCACCAACAGAUGACCGGACAUUUUUCACUACUUUAGUGAUUUUUGGUAGAAUUCCUCCUGGUCCUGAAGCAGCAAAACAGCCCCAGACCAUCACACUGCCACCACCAUAUUUUACUGAUGUUAUGAAAUAUUGGACAACUUUUACUGUCAGACCACAGAGUAUUUCCCCAAAGGUCUCGGGAAACAUCAACAUGUUUUGAGACGAGGAAUAAUGUUAUUUUUAUUUAGCGAUGGUUUUCUUUUUGGAACUCAGCCAUAACUGAGGCACCGUUGUGGGGUCUUUUGUGACCUCUUGGAAGAAUUACCUCUUGAGGUAAUUUGGGUUGGCCAGUCACUCUUGGGAAGGUUCGGCAUUUGUGGAUAAUGCCUCCCACUAUGGUUUGCUGGGGUCCCAAAGUUUGAGAAAUGGCUGAAUAACUGGCUGUAUAACUGGCUGUAUAACUGGCUGUAUAACUGGCUGCAUAACUGGCUGUAUAACUGGCUGCAUAACUGGCUGUAUAACUUGAUAGACCGACAGAGCUCAAUGAAAUCCCAGUUAUGUUUUACCAGAGGAAGCAACCCAUCUUUUCCAUAUUUUUCUCCCUUAGUAAUAAAAGUUUUCAUGUAAAAACUGCAUAUUUUGGUCAGUUGUGUUGUCAUUGACUGAUAUGUAAUACUAAUAAGUCUUAUGCUGCCGAUACCGAUCCCAAUAAUCCAUGACUUUCCCUACCAGUGUCUAUGUAUAUUUGUAAAUAAAUAUAUUUUUGGUUAUUACUGGGUCGAUGUUGGCUGAGGGGCUCAGUCUGGGACUUUUUUUUACAAAUAUAAGUUACACAUUAAUGUAAGUAAUAAUGGAUUUGUUGACUUUAUCCAUGGGUGAUAUGAUUCCACAUAGUGUCCGUUUUAAAUAAAAUCCAUAAACGAGCAACGACUUUAUGAAAGAGAUUUCCUGUGAUAACGAUGCUGAGAUGUGUGACUCUUUGCUAAGAUAUCGACGCUCGUCCACUUUUGGUCCCGUUUUAGUAGUAACGCUCAAUGCAGCACAGAUUUUGGA